CAGCACCCAGCCCACUGCCAGGCAUACAUUGGGCGCUCGGUAAACGCCUCUUUCAAGAAAGCGUGCAAUUUUCUGGUCCGCGCCGGUGCACCACUAGGGGUCGCUUUUCGGGGCGGGCGGGGGGAAGGGGGGGGGCACUAAUCAACAAUACUGCUUACGCGCACGCGGAUUCCUUGCUGGGGAGAAAGUACCUUGGGGCGUCGGAGGCCGCCACAACGCAGGCGCAUUCAGCUAAGGACCACUCCCUCCCCCCGCACUCCUGCCUCGCCAUUUCCCUUCCCCGCCCGGCCGGCCUUCGCUUUGCGCACGCGCCUUUUGAGGUAACGGCCCAAAGAGGUGGAAGCGCUUUUCCCGCCCGGCCGCGGGGCGUGGCUCUGCGCGCAGCUUGAUGACGACUUUCGGCGCCGUGGCGGAAUGGCGGCUUCCACCUCUGAGGCGAGCGACGCUAUGGAUCCCACAGUGGUUUGCUAAGAAGGCCAUUUUCAACUCUCCACUGGAGGCUGCUAUGGCGUUCCCUCACCUGCAGCAGCCCAGCUUUCUACUGGCUAGCCUGAAAGCUGACUCUAUAAAUAAGCCCUUUGCACAGCAGUGCCAAGACUUGGUUAAAGUCAUUGAGGACUUCCCAGCAAAGGAGCUGCACACCAUCUUCCCAUGGCUGGUAGAGAGCAUUUUUGGCAGCCUAGAUGGUGUCCUCGUUGGCUGGAACCUCCGCUGCUUACAGGGGCGCGUGAAUCCUGUGGAGUACAGCAUCGUGAUGGAAUUUCUCGACCCUGGUGGCCCAAUGAUGAAGUUGGUUUAUAAGCUUCAAGCUGAAGACUAUAAGUUCGACUUUCCUGUCUCCUACCUGCCUGGUCCUGUGAAGGCGUCCAUCCAGGAGUGCAUCCUCCCUGACAGUCCUCUGUACCACAACAAGGUCCAGUUCACCCCUGCUGGGGGCCUUGGUCUGAACCUGGCCCUGAAUCCGUUCGAGUAUUACAUAUUCUUCUUUGCCUUGAGCCUCAUCACUCAGAAGCCACUCCCUGUGUCCCUCCACGUCCGUACUUCAGACUGUGCCUAUUUCAUCCUGGUGGACAGGUACCUGUCAUGGUUCCUGCCCACCGAAGGCAGUGUGCCCCCACCACUCUCCUCCAGCCCAGGCGGGACCAGCCCCUCACCACCUCCCAGGACACCAGCCAUACCCUUUGCUUCCUAUGGCCUCCACCACACUAGCCUCCUAAAGCGACACAUCUCUCAUCAGACGUCUGUGAAUGCAGACCCCGCCUCCCACGAGAUCUGGAGGUCAGAAACUCUGCUCCAGAUGGAGUCUCCCUCUGUUGUCCAGGCUGGAGUGCAGUGGCUCAAUCUUGGCUCCGUGCAACCUUCACCUCUCAGGUUCAGGUUUUUGUUGAAAUGUGGCUUCAUCACUAUUCCUUGGAGAUGUAUCAAAAAAUGCAGUCCCCUCAUGCCAAGCUGGAGGUUCUGCACUACCGACUCAGUGUCUCCAGCGCCCUCUACAGCCCUGCCCAACCCAGCCUCCAGGCCCUCCACGCCUACCAAGUCCCUGGGCAACAGAGGAAGUGACGCCCGGGGCUUCUACUGGGCCGAGUUCUCAUCUGGCUGUGUCCAGGAUGAGGAGCAGGAGUCGUUCACGCCUACUGAGGAGCAUGUGUUGGUGGUGCGCCUGCUGCUGAAGCACCUGCACGCCUUUGCCAACAGCCUGAAGCCAGAGCAGGCCUCACUCUCCGCCCACUCCCACGCCACCAGCCCCCUGGAGGAGUUCAAACGAAUGGGGCUGAACCUCCCGGAGGUGCCCAGUGCUCUCCCCCGGCGGAGCCAACCCUCACUGAUGGGAGCCCUGGGGUCAUCUGUGAGCAGGGCCUCCUUACUGGGCAAGCAGCAGGUGACCCUCCCCAUCCCCUGCAGGGCUGCUGUCCCGAGGUUCGUCCAGCAGAAACUCUACCUCUUCUUGCAGCAUUGCUUUGGCCACUGGCCCCUGGACGCAUCGUUCAGAGCUGUCCUGGAGAUGUGGCUGAGCUACCUGCAGCCGUGGCGGUACGCGCCUGACAAGCAGGCUCCGGGCAGCGACUCCCAGCCCCGGUGUGUGUCGGAGAAAUGGGCACCCUUUGUCCAGGAGAACCUGCUGAUGUACACCAAGUUGUUUGUGGGCUUCCUGAACCGCGCGCUCCGCACAGACCUGGUUAGCCCCAAGCACGCGCUCAUGGUGUUCCGAGUGGCCAAAGUCUUUGCCCAGCCCAACCUGGCUGAGAUGAUUCAGAAAGGUGAGCAGCUAUUCCUGGAGCCAGAGCUGGUCAUCCCCCACCGCCAGCACCGACUCUUCACGGCCCCCACAUUCACUGGGAGCUUCCUGUCACCCUGGCCACCAGCGGUCACUGAUGCCUCCUUCAAGGUGAAGAGCCACGUCUACAGCCUGGAGGGCCAGGACUGCAAGUACACCCCGAUGUUUGGGCCCGAGGCCCGCACCCUGGUCCUGCGCCUCGCUCAGCUCAUCACACAGGCCAAACACACAGCCAAGUCCAUCUCCGACCAGUGUGCGGAGAGCCCGGCUGGCCACUCCUUCCUCUCAUGGCUGGGCUUUAGCUCCAUGGACACCAACGGCUCCUACACAGCCAAUGACCUGGACGAGAUGGGGCAAGACAGCGUCCGGAAGACAGAUGAAUACCUGGAGAAGGCCCUGGAGUACCUGCGCCAGAUAUUCCGGCUCAGCGAAGCGCAGCUCAGGCAGUUCACACUCGCCUUGGGCACCACCCAGGAUGAGAAUGGAAAAAAGCAACUCCCCGACUGCAUCGUGGGUGAGGACGGACUCAUCCUUACGCCCCUGGGGCGGUACCAGAUCAUCAAUGGGCUGCGAAGGUUUGAAAUUGAGUACCAGGGGGACCCGGAGCUGCAGCCCAUCCGGAGCUAUGAGAUCGCCAGCUUGGUCCGCACGCUCUUCAGGCUGUCGUCUGCCAUCAACCACAGAUUUGCAGGACAGAUGGCGGCUCUGUGUUCCCGGGAUGACUUCCUCGGCAGCUUCUGUCGCUACCACCUCACAGAACCUGGGCUGGCCAGCAGGCACCUGCUGAGCCCUGUGGGGCGGAGGCAGGUGGCCGGCCACACCCGCGGCCCCAGGCUCAGCCUGCGCUUCCUGGGCAGUUACCGGACGCUGGUCUCGCUGCUGCUGGCCUUCUUUGUGGCCUCUCUGUUCUGCGUCGGGCCCCUCCCAUGCACGCUGCUGCUCACCCUGGGCUAUGUCCUCUACGCCUCUGCCAUGACACUGCUGACCGAGCGGGGGAAGCUGCACCAGCCCUGAAGGUGUCAGCUGCCUUCAGAGCAGGCUGGAGGGAUUUGCCACACAGCCCCACCCUUGGGCUGAGAGGACCUGGGAAGCCCCUCCAGGAGGGAACAUGGUUAUCCUCGGGCUUCUGGAGCGGGGUUCCUGCAGCCGCAGAGGCAUCUGGAGGAAACACAACCAAGAAAGGAAGGCAGGUGGGCCUCAGCAAAGGAGUAGCUACCAGGGCUCAACAGCUACGCUCUGUGACAGCACAGAGCUCAGCGCUGGCCUUUCCCUCCCUCUGCCAAGGACUCAUGGCCAAGCCAGCUCUCGGGGCCUUUUUUCCAUUGCCCAUUUGGCUACUCUGCUGCACCAAGCUUGGGAGCCAGCCUGCCAACAGCCACCUGGGCCUGGCCUCCCCACUGGCUGGCCUUGAGGUGGGCAGAGUGGGUUGUGGCGCCUCCUCUCUCUGUGUGGGACCAGGACGGUGGCUCAAAUCUCCACUCCAGGAAAGAAUCAAAGUUUCUAGAGUUGUGAGAAAACUAGAGAGUGGCUGUCCUGAUUCUUCACCAUGAGGGGCGUUCUUCAUGUUCUCCCAGCUGUUCCAAGACUGGGCCGUAGAAUUCCAUGUUUCAGGAGCCUAAGACCCUCCCAGAGCCCAGGUGCUUCAUCGCAGACCCCAAGCCAUUGAGCACAUCACCCAAAGCAGUGGCCAACAUCGCGGACCCCUGUGCCUUGUCACAGAUGGGUGCUGGUCCUCAGGCGUUGGGGACACUGCUGGGUCGAUGGGGUCGGAUUCUGCCAGUUUCUGCUCUGCAGCCAAAGAUGGUCAGAAGCAUUGUCACUUCAGUAACAUCAAGUGCUCAAAGACAUGGCAACCGUUCAAUGGUACUUAAGUAUUCAAAAUAUACAACUACAGAUUCUCUGACAGAAACCAGCACGGGGUCUUCACCUUCAUUCACCCCACAGACGACAUGCGAGGGAGAACAGCAUCUCAGUGGUGAUUUCCAAACCAAGCCUUUGUUUUCGGUGUGGGGUUUUGGGGGUUUGCUUUAAUGUUUUUAAAAUUGUAAAUGUUGGGCUUUGUAUUUUGAUGUAAACUGAGAAUAAUGGCAUUUUAGGGCCUGUGACCAAAAAUGAAGCUUGUAACGACCAUGGAUCUGAAUAAACAUGUCCUUGCUUCUGA